UUUUCAUAAACAAACCACAUAUUUCUCCCGCCGGGGCCGCCGCACUGUCAUCACCCUGUGAGUCUGCCAGCAUUGUCGGGCUCCUGCUCCCGUUUUUAACAAAGGCCGUGAAGAAGUUUUAAAUCGGGUUCACAUUCAAAGAGAGAAACGCGGGUAAACGACCGGAGGCUGCCUUUAUUGUCCGAACCGUCAGCGCGUGGCCGACCGUUGGACCAAACCGACCAUAAUAACCUAUUUUUAUUAGAUGAUUUUAAGCCUGUCAUCCACAUUGGACCGCUGUAUAUACUGUGAGGAGCUUUGGUAUCAUCAGACAUGGUGAAGCUGACAAAGGCCAAGACGUUCCAGGCGUACCUGGACACGUGCCACCGUCGCUACAGCUGUGUGCACUGCCGCGCCCAUCUGGCCAACCAUGACGACCUCAUCUCCAAGUCGUUUCAAGGCAGUCAGGGGCGAGCCUACCUCUUCAACUCUGUGGUGAACGUGGGCUGCGGUCCUGCGGAGGAGAGGCUGCUGCUCACAGGACUCCACGCCGUCGCCGACAUCUACUGUGAAAACUGUCACACCACGCUGGGCUGGAAAUAUGAACAAGCCUUCGAGCUGAGUCAGAAGUACAAGGAGGGGAAGUUUAUCAUCGAGCUGUCCCACAUGAUAAAGGACAACGGCUGGGACUGAGAGGGAAAUCUUCAUCUUUCUUCAUGACUUUUUUCAAAAGUUGCAUCCCUUCGACUAUAAAGGGUUCCAGUGUAGCUUCCUCAUCCCGCGUACGAGCCAUCGCUGUGCCACACUUUCACUUCGUACCAAGAAUAGCAUGUGAUGCCUUUUAUCUUUUCCGUUCUUCAUGUUUUUCCAGCGACCACGACAACACAUUUGCUGAUAUAUCGCUAUCCCAAUUGCUGGUUGUGCUGGGACAUGGACUGAAUGAGUGCAGGGUUUGUGUGUGAACGACUGGGACAUGUAGCCACACAGGUGUGUGUGUGCGCAUGUUGGGUUUUAAAAGCGUGUGUGAGUGAUGACCGCUUAACAGUCUCGCUGUGUGGGGCGAGGCCAGUGAAAGACAGAUAAUCUGACCUUCUUACACAUCAGAUGCAGGUAUUUGGGUUUUCCUUUCUGAGUUUAAGGUGCGCAUUUAGACAUAUCUGGUCCAAAAUGAGCAAAGUAUUUGAGACUGUUCAACCUGUAGAUCAUUUUCUGAGUGAUAGAUGGGUAUAGGAAGAGUUGGAUUGGCUUUUUUUAUCAGUGAAAUCUAUGCUUUUUUUUUUAUGGUAAGGGAUCAGUGACACAUAUUUUGCUAGAGGCAAUCAGGUUGUUGAAUUAGUAAUGUUAAAACCCGCAAAAGUCUCCUGCAAGAAUUCUUAAAUCUGGAGUGUGAGUGUCUUCUGCUUGUAGGUAUACAUUUUAGUGCGUGUGUGUGUGUGUGUGUGUGCUGAGAUGUAUUUAGCUGGAUGUCGUAGAGAAGCAUUAGCCUGGGGUUCACGUCUAGAGUUUCUGCUUCACAGUUGGGAUGUCUUCACUUUUCCUUCAUGCUGAGAUCUAUCCUACAUGUGUUUGUGUGUGUAUAGCCUAACACGGAGCUGCCCCUACAGAUACAUUUACUCAAAUGUGUCAGAGGAAAGUGUGUUUAGGAUUGUGUAGCAUAUUUAUGGUGAUUUUUAAUGUCUGCUUCUUUCAUUAAAGUGUAUUAUUUUAACCUAAUCUUUCAUUAAAAUACAGUGUGCCUGUAA